AUGGGCUGCCAAGCCAGCCUGCCACGACCACCGCCGCCCCUCCUGUAUGGCGGUCAAGAUCACAUGCCCCGGCACCGCUCACAUCUCUCGGCAAUCUCCACGCGGCGCGCACCCGUUUCAUGUGGGGCACUCGUGCGCACCUGCAACUUGAGUGGAUCAGCGCCCAACAUCAUUUGUUUGCUGGGUGGCCCUGGAAGUCACAAGGGGCAGCUGGCGGCACAUCUGGCCGCAGCUUUUGAUGCGACUAUCAUCAACGUGCAAAGCCUGGUCCUGGCCCAUCUUGGCAAACAGACGGGUCUCUCAACCUCUCAACUGCUGGCUGCGCUGCGCGACACAAAGGCAGCCAUUGACUUUGACUUGGUGCGUCGACUCGCUGUCGUCAUAUCCCACACCCCUCCCAACUCUGCACCCCAGCCCGUGUUGGCCAACAGUUGA